AUGUCUGGUUUCGACGCGAAUAGAAUCUUUAAUGUCUCCGUGCAUGAUGCACCCCCUCCUCAAGAUAUCGAUCGUCCAGCUGAAGUGGAGCGCAUGCUCCUCGACUUUCUCCUGGAGUAUCGUGUCGGCGGCGAGUUCAUCUACCGUGACAAUCUCCGGACGAAUCUUCUACUGAAGCAAUAUUUUCUCGAGGUUGACCUGCAACAUGUAGGACUUUUCAAUGAAGAGUUAGCUCAUGCAAUUCAAGAGAGACCGUCAGAAGUGAUGCCGAGUUUCGAAUCCGCCGCAACAAGAGCAGCACAGAGUAUCCUCUUCCCGCUUGCAAAGAGCAGUGGAAAUCAGGCCGACUCGAGCAUACCAGCUGUGCAAGUCACGAUCAAGUCUGGACUCAACAUGCUUCAAUUCAGGGACCUGUCGGCGGAUACACUCAAUAAACUGGUCAGAAUACCGGGAAUCGUAAUCUCUACUUCGGUACUCUCAUCAAGAGCGACGAAGCUCCAUCUCCAGUGUCGAGCGUGCCGAUCGACAAAGGACAUAUCUCCUCCAAACGGACUUGGGGGUAUCGGUGCGGGGUCGGACCGCGGCUUACCCAGGCAAUGCGAUGCCCAGCCAAUGGGGAACCAGCCGAAAGACUGUCCCCUGGAUCCCUAUCUCAUCGUUCAUGGGAAGAGUACAUUUUCAGACCAUCAGACACUGAAGCUACAAGAAGCGCCUGACAUGGUCCCAGUUGGAGAAUUACCUAGACACAUACUACUGUCAGCGGACCGCUAUUUGACCGGAAAGGUUGUACCAGGAUCUCGCGUAAUCGCAACAGGCAUUUAUUCGACAUAUGAAGCAAAAUCUAGAGGAAGUGGUGGAACUGCUGCCCUCCGUAAUCCUUACAUACGUGUUGUCCAUCUCGAGCUGUCUUCCCCUUCCACUAGUUCGGGUGGAUCAAACCCUUUCGGCGUGCAAUUUACGCCGGAAGAAGAGGAAGAGUUCGGGCAGAUGGCACGAAGUGAAAAUUUCUACGAACGAUUUGCCAAAAGUGUGGCACCUAGUAUCUACGGAAGUCUAGAUAUCAAGAAAGCGGUAGCAUGUCUUCUCUUCGGUGGUUCAAAGAAGAUUCUUCCCGACGGCAUGCGUCUACGAGGCGAUAUCAAUGUACUGCUGUUGGGAGAUCCCGGUACGGCAAAGUCUCAAUUGUUGAAAUUCGUCGAAAAGGUUGCGCCCAUUGCUGUCUACACCUCUGGGAAAGGUUCUAGUGCAGCGGGUCUGACGGCCUCUGUGCAACGGGAUCCAGUAUCUCGCGAAUUCUACCUUGAAGGUGGUGCUAUGGUUCUUGCAGAUACUGGUGUCGUCUGUAUCGAUGAAUUUGAUAAGAUGCGGGAUGAAGAUCGGGUUGCCAUCCAUGAAGCCAUGGAGCAGCAAACUAUUUCAAUCGCAAAAGCUGGAAUCACAACUGUGCUUAACUCUAGGACCAGCGUUUUAGCUGCUGCCAAUCCCGUCUGGGGCAGAUAUGAUGAAGGGCGGAGUCCUGGCGAGAACAUUGAUUUCCAAACAACUAUUUUGUCUCGUUUCGACAUGAUUUUCAUCGUCAGAGAUGAACACAAUGAAGCACGCGAUCGCACAAUCGCAAAGCAUGUUAUGAACAUCCACAUGAACAGACCAAGUGAACUUACCGGCGAGAACGGCGAAGCAGUGGGUGAGAUAGACAUCGAUAAAAUGAAGCGUUACAUUGCCUAUUGUAAAGCGAAAUGCGCUCCGAGGCUUUCGCCUGAAGCGCAGGAGAUGCUGUCCAGUCAUUUCGUUGCGCUAAGAAAACAGAUUCAGCAAGUUGAGCAGGAUAAUGACGAGCGAAGUUCUAUCCCAAUCACUGUUCGUCAAUUGGAGGCUAUCAUCCGUAUAUCUGAGUCUCUCGCGAAGAUGACGCUUUCUCCGACCGUCCUUCCAUAUCACGUCGAAGAAGCGAUCCGUCUUUUCAAGUACUCGACAAUGGACGCAGCCUCCGCAGGUUCUGUCGACGGCCUUUCUCGAGCCGAGCUAAACGAAGAAAUGAGUCGCAUCGAGAAAGAACUGCGACGUCGCCUACCUAUCGGCUGGAGCACGAGCUAUCAAAGUCUUGUAAAGGAAUUCGUAACAAACCAAGGGCAUUCCAGUCAUGCCCUGGAACGAACACUCUUUGUUCUAGAGAAAAGGGAAGUUAUUCGAUUUUCAGGCCAGAAAAAGGUCGUGCAUAGGAUUGGAGUUUAAUCUUCUGUCUCCUCUGUUGUUUACUUUCGCUUCGUGUUAUCGACCUACCAUACAUACGUGCAUUUGUGUAACCAGUUCCUGCAUUGUAACAGUAUAUUCCUUGAUGUAUCAGCGAAUGACAUUUCUUCUCGGUUUGAG